CUAAAGGACACAAAUACCUCUUUUUCAGCGGGAGAAAAGAUCGGGGUGUGCGACGUUUCGCCGCGAGCCCCCAGCUUCCCUUACCUUGCCGGUCAUGUUUGUUUGUUCGCGGGAGGAUCGCCAGAAGACUGAUGUCUCGGGCUCCCUCGAUGUGUCCUCCACAUCUAUCCUUUGGUCGCACUCGGUGCGACCCACCGAUGAUCGUUGCGACGUCAGGAGGCGUCGGAGCCGACAUUGUACCAAUGUACGUGGCGUUUAUGUUUCUUCAUAUCGUCGCCGCGAUCGCGCGACAUGUUACACGCGACUUGGAUGUCAAUAUGCCGAAGAAGACACGUCGAAAUGGCUCGAGGUCGCUCGACGAAAUCGCAAGGAGAAUGCCCUCGAAUGACAUUCAUUCUCUUUCUCCUCAGCUUCCUAACACUCGACGGAUCUACGCAAUGAUUGCGAUAUUGCGUUUGAAAAAAUUGGUAAAGGGGAUAUUGUCGGCGAAAUUUGGUCUCUCAUCAGGGAACGGAGAAAAUCCCGUUUACAAUCGAUACUCGAAGAAGAAGACGAAUGAUGAGCGGUGCAUUGCCUAACGCAGCUCACGCGGGUGAGCGAUUGAUCGC